AUGGCAGAAGUCCUGGGCCUAGCGGCGAGCGUCAUUGCCGUGGUGGACGUUGCCGCCAAGACUGGAAGCGCCUACGUCAGAAUCCAAAAGUUAUGGAGCGAGGUCAAGAAUGUCCCAAACUUGCUCCGGGAAAAGGCGGAAGACAUCCAGAUCUUCGAAGAUUUCCUCGCGAACGUUGAGGACAAUCUGGCUAUCAGCCCACUUCCGGCCCUCGCAUCAGACCGUAUCCUACUCGAGAAACUUAUCGGCAGGUGUCGCUUUGCUUUAGAAGAACUGCAGGGCAUGGUAGACAGGAUCUACACCAGAGUCAUCAGCGAACGCGGGUUGAAGCACAGGAUAGCUUCUGCAAAAGCCGCUCUGAGGAAAGACGAUCUGGAGGCCCUAUCGCUCAAACUUGACCGAGCUCUCCAGAUGUUCCAAAUGGCACAGGCCGAAGAACGGCGACGAAUAGGGACACAAAAGCAGUGA